GUUCAAAUAUAUAAAUAUUCAUGUUAUAACUUAUUGUCAUACUUCCGUCAAAACUUUUAAACCAAUAGCAUGACAAAAAUUAUUUUUCGAACAGCUCUGAUAUUUUCUCAUAAAUUAUAGUCAAACCCAGAGAGGUUCGAACGAAAUCUUCCAAGCAUAGUAUCAUUGGUUUCCUUCCCCCUUACUUAUAUUCCCCUGAAGUAAGUUUAUGAUGAGAAAAUGUUCUCUACAAACUGGAGUGAAAAAUAUAUGGAUAGAAUUAUACUGUUUAUACCGUGAAAACUAGAAGAAGCUAUUAUCUGCUUGUCAAGACUGAAAUUUGUCAUUUAAGACGAGAUAAACCUUAUUACUAGGAUGAAUGUGGUAGAGGAUUUAGUCACAAUCAAUGGUACCCUACACAGACAUGUGGGAACAGAAGCUGGUAAUAAACUGCAUGAAAGGGAUGUUUGUGCUAGAACAAAUAGUCAUGGUGGAGACUUAAAGAGACACAUGAGAACAAAUAGUUGUGGUGGAGACUUAAAGAGACACAUGAGAACAAAUAGUCGUGGUGGAGACGUAAAGAGACACAUGAGAACAGAAACUGCUGAAAAACGUCAUAAAUGUGAUAUGUGUGCUAGAGAAUUUACUACAGGUAGUGACCUUAAGGUACACAUGAGAACACAUACUGGAGAAAAACCUUAUGACUGUGAUGUAUGUAGUAAAGGGUUUCGUCAUCUUGGUAGUUUACAGAUUCACAUGAGAACACAUACAGGGGAUAAACCUCAUAACUGUGAUGUAUGUGGUAAAGGGUUUAGUCAUCUUGGUAGUUUACAGAGUCAUAUGAGAAUACAUACAGGGGAUAAACCUCAUGACUGUGAUGUAUGUGGUAAAGGGUUUAGUCAGCUUGGUAGUUUACAGAUUCACAUGAGAACACAUACAGGGGAUAAACCUCAUAACUGUGAUGUAUGUGGUAAAGGGUUUAGUCAUCUUGGUAGUUUACAGAGUCAUAUGAGAAUACAUACAGGGGAUAAACCUCAUGACUGUGAUGUAUGUGGUAUGUCACGGAAUAGGAGUUCCUUCAUAAUAUAA